AUGUCGGCGCGUUUGACUGACUUUUACGGCGUCAGGCGCCUUGGCGCCCGACCCAUUCAAAAACGACCCAAGGAGUCUCCCGAGGCUGCUGAAAGACAGCCUAAAACAAGAAAGCCGAAACUCACUAUCCUAACUGAAGCUGAACGUAAAGAAAACAGGCGGGACACUGGUACUGCCGAAAACGCCCCAUCUCACUUACCAUCUGACGCAGCUAAAAGCGAUGGCUCGAAGGUUGAGGUACGCAAUUCUUACUGCAAUGCUGUUUUGUUUCCCGGGAGAGAACACCCUAGAUCACCAUAGUACCUGCGUUCUUGUCUUUCCAUCACCUUCACACGAUCAAGCAAGAGGUGCAGAUUUUACUCAGUCAACUAUAAACACAGGCUGAAAUGUUAAUUCGUAUUUCCCUUUGCUUUUAUAAGGUCUGUCCGUUGAUAAUUCAUCAAAAUCCAACUGAAAUUAAUAUCUUUGUGACUUCCAGUCACUGAUUUUCUCCCAGCGUAGCGCCGCCUAGAGCUAAUCGAUCACUGAACGCCAUAUCCGGGUAAUAUUCUUUAUGCGGGUUAUUGCUCUCAAAAAACGAUCCGGUUUGUAGUUUAUAGAAGGUCGAGUUUUUAUGGCAAGAUUUUCUUUUGCUGGUUUGAAGGAUAGGUGAAGUAUUUACGGCGCUCCGGUGUUAGUUCGAGUAGGUCUUGCCUACAAGCAUAUAUGUUGGUCGCGGACGUGGAACUUCGCUUCCGCUUUGUUUCGAAUAAUAAUGCGUACUUGCGGAUCCACUCUUCAUAUCCUGGCGUCUAUCAGAUUUUGUUGCCUAGUGACCACCAGAAAAGUCACUGUCAAGUAAUGGUUAACUUUUACUCUCAAUAUGUGCAGUGGCGAUCCAUGUUUUGCAUAGUGACUUUGAGAAAAAUGUGAACUCUAGACGUGCACUCUCGCUUUUUGUGUUCUUGUCGUGGCCUGUUUUAAAAUUACAUAUUUAGUGGCUAAUUAAACACCGUAACCUACCGUAAACGCCCAGAAUGCCAGACUCACUGCAGUAGAUGAAAGUUCUAAAAAUGUCGGGAAAGAAAUGCUACCGAAGGCCCGUUAGUAAACUCGACAGUUUCAUUGUAACCGCAGCAAACCUGGAAUGAUAACCAAGGGCUCGUAUUUAAUUCAUUUUCCAUAGGCCCACAUAGCAGAGCGCCCGCUUUCCAGCUCAACGGUGCCGCGAGUUCCAGCCCACCGAAAAUUCUCGCACUUAACACGGACGGACGCUCCUAUUUCCGAUACUGCAAAGAAAGCCGGACCCAACAAAGCUGAUCUAUUCUCAGCCAGCCCAACCAAGUCCCUUAUUUUCUCUUUUGGUCACUACACGCCGACUAAGUCGACUGUCACUUGUCAGUCAGAAACCACUAAUACUGAUGACUCAAGGCACUUUGAAGCUGUGGAGUCUGGAUUGAGUCCGACGCUCCCACUGCCUUCUCACAUGCACAGUCUUAUGGAAUUUUUUCGGGCAUGCGACUUGGUUGUCAGCGUUCUGCACAAUCGCUCAGAAGUCUGUAGUUUUGAUAAGAUCAAGACGGCUGUUCAAGAACUCGUCCGUAGGUAAGACCUGCUUCCCGUUUCCCGACUGUGACUGUCCUUUUAAAAGUGAAAAAUAUUGUCACUUUUUGCCGCCCCCUUUAAUGCCCAUUGAACGCAAAUUAUCCCAGUUUUGGUUUUGUUGUUUUAUAAGCAGGUGCUGCCAGAUAAGCUAAUGAAGGCCGUCCCAGCCUUCCCUGUCUUUGUUGACGGACCCCCCUUUUGGUCAAUUGGUACCGUGGCAUUUUCGGUGAGCAUCCUAGCAUGGAUUAUUCGGGCUAAACGGAGUACCCGUUAUCCAUUCUGAAAUUUGGCCGUUAACAAUAAGUACCGUUUUUUGUUUUGCGAAGACAAUGGGCUUUUUCUCUAAAGACGAGUGACCUAUAUUGUCGUUCUGCUUGAAAAUUCAGAAAUCUCUGUGUGUACAAUUUUUCCUUUAUUUCUCAGCGAUUUCACAGAAACUAUAGUUUCUCAGUUUGCCACAGUCUACCCCGAGUCCUACUCCUUCCGUUACGACAAACAGUUGGAUAGAGUGACGAAGCUCCCCACCAGUUCCUAUGUGCUAGUUCUGGUUCCCAACUUGCGAAGCGGUAAGCCGCCUGUUAGGUUUAAUUUUUUUUAUCAACGUUCUUUGCAAGUUGAUAGUACGGCAUGCCACUUGGAUAAUUUUUUGUUUAUUAACUCCAAUUUCUUGACAAGUGUGCCGUUACAUGGGUUACGUUUCACUGCCCUAUUUUUUAAGCGUGUGUUGCGGUUCCGCAUUACAUUAAACAUAGUAAAAAUGACCUGCUUUUGCCUAGACGGUACACAAAUGGCACGCGAUUCGCCUUUAAAGGGACAUCUUGUAUUUACCGGAAAUCGCCUGAUACAGCGACGUCAUCGCUUCCAACAAUCCCUUAUCGCUAGAGUAAGGCGAGCACAUAAGGUAAUUUGCUGUCUACGUUUUUAUUAGUUUCCUACCUUUUGUCUGUUUUCCCCACUAGAGUUCAUACCCUCGUCUACAGAUGUGCGGUUUUGCAUGUUCGAUCAGUCCUAAUACUUUUUCCCGCUCAUUAAAGCACGCUGUGGCCAAGAAAAGAUUGACAGCAGUACAGACACCAUCUAGGUUGGACCCUUAAUCUCCCUCAUCUUUUCCAAUAAUUUCGAAAAACACCAUUUCUUGGUGAAUAGAGAUUAAAUUACUUAUCCCUCGGGACAGAUUUUGAGUGGCCAAUCCUUGCGAGUGGACGUGAACUAUCUCCAUCCUCAGUCGGCCAAUUGGCAAAGCAACCCAACACGAAGUAUGGUUAUCGAAGGUCAAGUUCUGCCUUGGAGUACCUAUCUUGCCUUACGCGCAUCUUAGUCUUCGACUGGGCCCAAUCUACUUGUAACAACGUAGCUAUAAAACAUCCCCAAUUCAGUCUGUUUUGCGCUAUCCAGGUACUACGACUUUUUUCACUUUACCUAUGCAGGAGUUUCUGGUAAAUAAACUUGCCCUUCCGGAGUCCGACCUACCUCCUGACUCUCCGCUCAAGCGCUGGCAUCCGGCAUUCCCCCUGGAUACCGCUGUCCCCACCGUUCCGUCCACACCCCUGCCGCCUAAACCUGACGCCAAGGAAGGUAAAAUAACUUCGGCAAGUGAGGCGGUUAUCGCCUUUCGGGCUCGCGCCCUGUUCCGUGAAGCGGAAAUCUGCGAGAAACUCUGUCCUCACCCUCAGGAUGUCAAACAAACUGCUGUGCCUUCACCCCCACAGGCGCCAGGGUCACUUACAAGGCCCAAUGUAGCAGCCCUCAAGGGCAUAUCUGAAUCGCUGUUGGCACGAGUAAGUAUAAUUCUCCAAGCGUAAUCUCCCUCGAGCGUAAUGCCUCUUUAUUAUAGGCCACAUUCAAUCACUUACCCUAGCACUCGUUUGUCUACUAUUUUCGAAUAUGAACCACAUAACUUGACUGACAGCCACAAGGGAAGGAGUAAAUGAUGAACCCCAAGUCUCUUUGAACUUCAAGUAUUCUAGUGAGCUUCCUUCCCUAGGUACUUUCUCCAGGAGUGUGUAUGUUUUUUCUAAUGGAGCAUAUUUGCAGCUCGACGGUUGUGUGGAACUCUCACUAUAAAGAAGAACCCACUACUUAAUGCAAAUUAUUUUGCUGAAAUAGAGCGUUUGUGAAUACCUUCUAGGGACACGCGACAAACCCCUUUUUAAAACGCAAGUAGAUUACUUUACCAGUCAGUAUAAUGUUCUUCAAGCUCUCUUCUUCGUCGGGCCACAUGAUCUGUCGUCUAAACUGCUCACUUGAAUACGCUUCUGUUUGCACAGGUUCGCGAGCGUGAAAAGGCUAUGCAGUUCUCAUUGCUCACACGACCACCGAUCCCUGAAAAGCAGCGCCUUGCUCUCUCUUGCCUCCCAACUACCAUAACUCAAGUCUGGCGUGAGCUCCGAGCUCUGGGCGGUAGGCCCGUACCCGUAGCCACUGUUGCAACUCGGCUCUCUCAGUCCAGCGAGACGGGACUGUCACAAGGUUGGUUUCGUAUGACCUGUUAAUAACCCAUUUUUUAAUAUCUUGCUUCUUCUGCUCUAGAGAUUUUACUGUUAAUAUGACUGGACCAUCAGCGGUUUUUCCGUUUCGCUGUCUUGUUACACAUUGAUGAGGUCUUAGAAAACAAUUCUGAUUCGUAAGUCGGUAAUACCACGAUAUCACUUACUUUGCGGGAUAACAACUUGGGGUGAAUGCCUCAGGUUCGUGCCCGUUGCGAGUUUUGAAGACCGGUAGUUGAAACUCACAUCACACGUCUCCCGGGUGCACGUUUCGUUAUUUUCCAUAACGCCCCAUCUCAGCAGUCUCCCGACCAUAUGAUUCUUGCUGUCCGUUAAUGUCUGCCGUCUUCUGUUUAAUGGUGGCUAUCGAUUAGUAAUUUAUUAAUAGCUCGCCUUAUAAUCAGGUAAACUGACCGUUAGGAGUUUUGCUCAGAUAGUGUUGCCUCGCUGGUCACAAUGGAAUACUGGACUCCGACCAGCACUCGCAAAAAUGACUACUUGUGUGGCAUACAUUUUACGUUCUUUCGAUGCUUUUGCACAAAUUUAAUGAGCAGAUGCUUCCACGCUAUUUUAUGAAAGUUGUUUCUUAAAAAAAACAUCCGAUAAUUUGAAAUAUUUUGCUUUUUGUAUCCCGUAAUUCGUGCAUUUUUCGGACUUCAACUGCGAUUUCCAGGUUGUCCAGAACUCGUGCUAUCAAAAACUUGUUUGUAACCUUUUUGAUUGCUGCGAAGCGACAUUAUGAAACUGUAGUCAAGUGAUCUUCUCCACCUGGAAUUACGUCUAAGGGUUUCACUGUUUGAGGAAUUUCACCGUAUGCUGUACACUACGAAAUAUCGAACCCUGUUGCAAAGAAUGGGAGGGCGAUUGUGUCACCGACUGCGGCAGGGACCACACUUGACAGCAGUUGAGACCUAUUUAGGAGGGAUGUCGGUUGUACCACUGCGGCAUUUAACUCUUUCCACCCGAAAUAUCCCACAGCCACCUCGGAGGCCGACCGCCCCGAUUUCUUUGCCACCUAAACAGCCUCACGUGCCGAACAUAUGACCAUACAGACGGACUUGUAAAUUAUUUUCAGCAAACAGGUUGGCGAGUAUGACCCUAGUACGAUUAUGUGCGAAACAUGGAUUUCCUGUUAAUAAGCCGGCACGUUAUCACAAAUUGCCGUCUGAGCACGUCUAAUCAACAAAUCGCACGGGCAAAGAUUAGAACUUUUAAAAAGAGUAAUUCUCAAACUGGAGUGAAUCGUAAGAUAGUUGUCUCUUAACGCCGUCACUCGCGUGUAUUACGCCAAAGCAUGCCGUUGUGAAGGAAGACCAAAUAAUGCAUGAACACCAUAAUUAGAUUCUCUUUGAUAUUCUCACAUCGAUGGGAGAAAGUUUGCACAUGGCAGCGGAUGGCCCGACACAAAACAUCUUUACUCGUUUGGAAAACCUACAAGGCACUCGCCUAGUGUUGCAUAUAUCAAAUGAUAGCUCUUAGAUAGACCGAGCUUAUCCUAUUUAAUUUUCCGCCACAAGGACGUACAAGCAGUCCGCUUUAUUCGUUAUUCUUUGCAAUUUUAUCAUUUACUGACUGCUAGUGGGUCAUCUGCUUUGCUUCCAAGAUGGGGAGGAGGAGUCAGUCUCACAAUACAAGCUGACCGGUGCAGAAUUCACCCGUAAUACUUUUUGUAUAAAGUUGCUGGGAGGAAAGGGAAAUGCGGGUUAUGCCUACUUGUACUUAGUCCAACUUGAUCAUGCCUCAACGCGUGACGAUCUGCGGCAGCCGGUCUGGAGAGUUCAAUCCAUUCCUUCCGGUAGCCACGAAGGUUGAACAUAGAAGGUCCGGAGACCGCAUCCACGCCUUGGCAAGCUGUAUCGAGCCAUAUUUUGCGUUGGUUCUCCCUUCAGCGCCUCCACGUGGACAUUAACGCCAAAUCGAGCGCGCCGACACUAAGCUUGUGAGGCGGACGACCAAGUGUCCAAACUAUUUCAAUCGUCUUUCUUGUGUGGCUUGAGAUAUCCGAGCGAUGUUGUCGCAGUGAGUGAGGGCUAUUCCGUCCGGAGCCAAGUCGGUGUACUUCAUUCAAAGGAUGGUCAUCAGGUAGUGGUAGUCAAACACCUCCACUUUUCGAUUGUCUUCCACGCAUGCCGCCCACCGUUCUCACAACCGUGUAGACGGAAUGGCCGGACCUUUGUGGCGGCGAGGAUGUAUCGUCGAGUCCAUAGGCCCUUUCAAAGGAUUGUGAAGACCCAGUGGACGGCAUCGAUUCAACAGAUGACAUGAAGCAGCCAAUAGCGACUGUUUGAAGAGUCGCCGGGUGCACUGCGACCAUUCCAGACUCCGGCAGAAAUUAACAGAUCACUGCGACGGAGUCUUUCAACCAACUGCUGCAUCUGCGAAUAGGUUUAUUUAUCGCCUUGGUCGGCGGCUGAUGUUGGUGCGUACUUAGCCAUGGCGGAAAUGUUCAUCAAGUGGCCCUUCAGUCGCACCAGUCAUUGACAGGUUUCCGCAUAAGUCAUACAUAAAUCGCUUGUUACGAGAGCACGAUCGUCACAUCAUAUCUAUUAGAAGAGUCGCAUGGGUCGCUGUGGUAUAGGAUGAAGUAGUUGACCACCGGAGUCUUGCUCUCCCGGACGCCUGGGCUCGGAACUCGGUCUUCAGACAGGUAGCAGACAUCUACGCUGUGCUGAUGAAAACUGCGCGCGAGUACAUUUCACAAUCUCUGUCCUUCAUCUCCCUUUAGAAGGCGCGCUGUAUCGCAUUGAGGAGCUCAUUUCCCUCAUGCCCAACUGGCUGGAAAAAGUGGCCUGGGCCAAGCCACAUCUGCGCCUCAAGGAUCUGGACCGUCCUCUGAAAGACGUGAUAGACGAGGCAAAGCGCCGGGUCGUCGAGAAGGGAAUUGUCGAAAGUGCAUAA